GAAAUAUUCUUGUAUAAAUUCGCUUUAGGCUGACGGCAAUUUUCUGCAUAAUUUUGCUAUCAAGUACCAAGCAUUUUAGACUAUUUUAGUUGAGAUCAAGUCGGAUUGGGAAAAAUGUUUGCUCUAAGGGCCGUUGUAAAAACCGACAAAAAUUUGUUCCCGGUUCUAUGUAGGAGCAACCGUGGUGCUUCUGCAAAAGCUGUUAGUCAAGCAACUUUAGGCGUAAAUGGCAAAAUUGUUGCUGUAAUUGGAGCCGUCGUAGACGUGCAGUUCGAUGUUGACUUGCCACCAAUUCUCAACGCCUUAGAAGUGGAGAACCGAUCUCCACGUCUUGUAUUGGAAGUUGCCCAACAUUUGGGUGAAAACACAGUACGCACGAUUGCUAUGGAUGGCACAGAGGGUUUAGUACGUGGUCAAAAAGUUCUAGAUACUGGUUACCCCAUUCGUAUACCAGUUGGUGCUGAGACUCUUGGGCGUAUUAUCAACGUAAUUGGUGAGCCUAUAGAUGAACGUGGUCCAAUUCCAACAAAUAAAACGGCUCCAAUCCAUGCUGAAGCUCCGGAAUUCGUUGACAUGUCUGUGGAGCAAGAAAUUUUGGUUACAGGCAUAAAAGUCGUUGAUUUACUGGCUCCCUAUGCAAAAGGAGGUAAAAUUGGGCUGUUUGGCGGGGCUGGUGUAGGUAAAACUGUGCUAAUUAUGGAGUUAAUCAAUAACGUAGCUAAGGCUCACGGUGGUUACUCGGUGUUUGCUGGUGUUGGUGAACGCACUCGUGAAGGAAAUGACUUGUAUAAUGAAAUGAUUGAGUCUGGCGUUAUUUCACUCAAAGAUAAGACGUCGAAAGUUGCUUUGGUAUACGGUCAGAUGAACGAACCCCCAGGCGCCCGAGCUCGUGUUGCAUUGACUGGAUUGACUGUUGCCGAAUAUUUCCGUGAUCAGGAAGGACAAGACGUGUUACUUUUUAUUGAUAAUAUCUUCCGAUUUACACAAGCUGGCUCAGAAGUAUCAGCUUUGUUGGGCCGUAUUCCAUCUGCAGUAGGUUAUCAACCAACUUUAGCUACUGACAUGGGCUCCAUGCAAGAGCGUAUUACCACUACCAAAAAAGGCUCAAUCACAUCAGUGCAAGCUAUUUAUGUUCCAGCUGACGAUUUGACUGAUCCUGCCCCAGCUACAACAUUUGCUCACUUGGAUGCUACAACUGUAUUGUCGCGCGCUAUUGCGGAAUUGGGCAUCUACCCAGCUGUAGAUCCCUUAGAUUCUACAUCACGAAUUAUGGAUCCUAAUAUUAUUGGCCUAGAGCACUACAACGUAGCACGUGGCGUUCAAAAAAUUUUGCAAGAUUAUAAGUCUUUGCAAGAUAUUAUUGCUAUUUUGGGAAUGGAUGAGUUGUCGGAAGAGGAUAAACUUACCGUAGCCCGGGCUCGCAAAAUCCAACGUUUCCUUUCACAGCCUUUCCAGGUGGCAGAAGUGUUCACUGGUCACGCCGGUAAACUAGUUCCAUUGGAGGAAACUAUCAAGGGAUUCAACCAAAUAUUAGCAGGCGAAUAUGAUCAUCUUCCGGAAGUUGCUUUUUAUAUGGUAGGACCAAUCGAAGAAGUUGUGCAAAAAGCCGAACGUCUAGCAAAAGAAGCUGUCUAAGCUGGAAAUAUCGACUAUAUUUUAAAACUUGUUGCCAAUUACACAUGUAUUACAAUUAACUAAAUAUUUUGAAACCGAUAAUCCGUUAUCGAAUAAACACUACCUAUAUCUUAUUUAAAGUUUUACUACA